UGACAGAGUAGUGUUGUGAGAUGACGAUGACAGAAGAGCGAACUUUACUUACCGACCAGAGACGAUAAUUGCCGUCUACUUUGAGCGUGAGCGGAGCGAGAGCGCCAUCUUAGCGUUGCGAGGAGCGAUCGCUCCAGAGAUGAUCGCGAUUCAUGUACUCUUCAAAUAAGAGGUAUGAGCACCGAGAGUUAUCAAUCGCCGAGAUUCGCCCUUCUCAAGUACCUAGCGGUACUAGCUCCCUACCGCCAUUUCCAUUCUUCUACUAUGACUAUGUGCUGCAUCACGAAUAAAAAUCUCACCAGUGCAGAAGCUUGAACACGAGCGAACGCUGAACACCGUUUAUUGUUUGGGAACCGACGGACCACUCAUCUGUUACUUCACUACUUCUUGUGCGAGCUUCUAUUUAUUUGAUUUUCGACUACUUCGGGUUCGUCAUGGUUGCCGCGGAAAAUAUGCCCCCGCCGCCACCCCCUCCUCCAUUACCAGCCUCUGCUGGUGCCGCGCUGCCUCAUGGUGGCGUCGCGCACACCAGCAACAAGCCUUCGACCGGCAGCGGCAAGGCAACAUCGAGCGAAGAUGAGCCCUUUCUGGUUGACGCGACCGAUUUGGAAUCUUACGAAACGGCCCUGAAGGAACUGGGUGCGCAGCUCUUUUGUAAGCCCGAGCCGCUCGGGCCGGUCAUUGCCGUCACGCUGUUUGUCGAGUGGAUCCUGACCCAAGGUGCAUCGGCCCCGAGGCGUGUGCUGAUUCGCGCGGACGGCGCCAGCCCGAAGUUCGCUGACCUCUGCGAGAAAGUCGCCGCCUUGGAAGCCGAAACGAACGAGAGUAUCGCGAAGGACGGGCGUGGUCCGGUUACCCUGCUCGUGGAGAAAACCGAGGAGCAACAGGCGGAUCGUGUGGACACGGAAAUGAAAGACAAGUCCAAAAGUGCGGCGUGGACCUCCAUGACGCUGUUGACCUGCGCGCUGUCCAACCAAAGCUACCACGGCAUCGAACGGGAUGCCGCCUACGGGAAGUUCAAGAAGUGGGGCUACUUCAUGCAAGUCGCGCGGGAGCACUACGGAAAGUACUACGCCGUCACGUGCGACCAAGCCGGACCCAACCACAGUCUGGCAACGAUGAAGCGCACCCUGGGGUCUGUCGCGGAGGAGGAGGAAGAGGAAGCUGCACCGUCAGCUGGUGCAGAGGAGGUGGACAACACGUCUGCUGCGAUGGCAACACUAGCCAAAGUUCUGGCCAAGCGAAACAACGAGAUGAAGGAGUAGUAGAGAGCAGUUCCUCGUCACAUCGAAGACUCCUCGUUAUCUCAUAGACUUGAGACAGGAAGCGGCGCGCAUGGAACUAGUACAUAGAGGCCUCCGGUUUUAUCGCCGUGGUUUUCGACCAACGACCACAAAAAAAGAAAAACAAAUCUGAAAUAUAAUGACUACACAAUUACAACAUCGUCCUCGGAUGAAUUCCAAAAAAGAAUGAAGCUACUAUAUGAUGCUGCGCCAGCUUUUAGUAGGACUAGAAAAAGAGUAAGAAUUGAAAAACCUAAACCUCACGAUGAAUUCAAUUUUACAUUGAAUAGUUUCGACCGGUAUAAUUGCAAAACGCGAGCCAACUCGGGGACGGUGCUUGUUUGAGCUUCAGAGUCUUGUUUGUUGGUGCUUUCUUUCGCAAAACUCGGCGAAGUAAGACCCGCCCCUGGUGCUUUUUUUCAAUGCUGUUGAUGUUGAAGAAUGCUGUGACCAAAAUCUGUAAGAAUCUGGAAAGUAAAGAAACUGCCGCAAG